GUGUGAAAGAGGGGUACAAGGCUAGGGUUGGGUGCCGAGUUAGAAGGGUGCUCUUAAGCCAAGCGCUUGCUCCGCUUCGGUCCUUUCCAACUUCAACUCCGUCGUCGCCAGCCUUGGAGCUUCGACGCUUCCAACGCUUCAGACGCCAUGGGUCGCCGUCCGGCAAGGUGUUACAGGCAGAUCAAGAACAAGCCAUACCCAAAGUCCCGCUUUUGCAGGGGUGUGCCUGACCCUAAAAUUCGUAUCUAUGAUGUGGGCAUGAAGAAGAAAGGAGUUGAUGAAUUCCCCUACUGUGUGCACUUGGUGUCUUGGGAGAAGGAGAAUGUGUCCAGCGAGGCUCUCGAGGCUGCUCGUAUUGCCUGCAACAAGUACAUGACCAAGUACGCAGGAAAGGAUGCGUUCCAUCUGCGUGUGCGUGUGCACCCCUUCCACGUGCUUCGUAUCAACAAGAUGCUUUCGUGUGCUGGAGCUGAUAGGCUCCAGACAGGUAUGAGGGGAGCUUUCGGUAAGCCCCAGGGUGUAUGUGCUCGUGUUGCCAUCGGACAGGUGUUGCUGUCCGUGCGUUGCAAGGACCAGAACGGAGUUCACGCUCAGGAGGCCCUUCGUCGUGCGAAGUUCAAAUUCCCUGGCCGUCAAAAGAUUAUCGUGAGCAGGAAAUGGGGAUUCACUAAGUUCGCCAGGGUUGACUACGUGAAGUGGAAGGAAGAAAACCGUUUGGUGAAUGACGGUGUCACCGCCAAGCUUCUUGGAUGCCACGGACCCUUGGCCAAUCGCUCUGCCGGAAGAGCAUUCAUUGACGCUGCUGUUGCCACUCACUAGCCAGGUUCACUUAUGUCCUGCUUGUAGAGUUCAAUGUAUUCAGCCUUGACUAUCAAUGAAUGGAUUGUUUCAAUCCAAAUUGUGAUGGGAUUGAAGUA